ACUGAAUCUCUUCAUCUCUCUGUCUCUCUCUGCUCCGGUCCUCCGGUCUCUGCUAUGACCGCUCACACCAGUGGCGUGUUGCCCGAUCUCAGACCGUCAACCCGUCACCGGUUAUCCUGUCCAAACGUUAACAUGGACAUGUGUGUGUGGGAUAUCCGUGAUUGAUUUUCGGUUGUAUGUAGCCUAUUUUUUUCUUUUAGUUUUUUCUUAUAUAAAAACGAAAGAAAAAGGAGGAGGGGGGGCGGCCGUCCUCUUUUACCCCCCUCCGCUUCCUUCAGCCAAGCAGAGCGGCAAGGUGGGGAGAAGGCUUUAAAAUUAAGCCAGCUUGGAUUUAUUUAACAGCAAAAUGACGGAUUUGGGAGCGCCGGAGAUGCUGCUGAUGAGGAGGAGGCUGAAUGUGAAGAAAACGGGCAGGCUAAGACGCGACCUCCCGCUUCUCCUCCUGCUGGGGCUCCUCGUCGGGGAUUUCUCCCCGUCCAAGGCUGAAUCUUGUGGCGGUGUUGUCCAAGGCCUGAAUGGUACCAUAGAGUCGCCUGGUUUCCCCCAUGGCUACCCCAACUACGCCAACUGUACGUGGCUGAUAAUAACAGGGGAGAGAAACAGAAUCCAGCUAACCUUCGUCACGCUGGCACUGGAGGAAGACUUUGAUAUUGUGUCAGUUUAUGAUGGACAACCGUCGCCUGGCAACCUAAAAAUGAGGUUGUCAGGGUUCAUGCUGCCCUCUCCUAUAGUCAGCAGUGGAUCUAUAUUGGCUUUGUGGUUCACCACAGACUUUGCUGUCAGUGCACAGGGCUUCAAGGCUGUAUACGAAGUCCUGCCCAGCCAUACGUGUGGCACCCCUGGCCUCAUUCCAAAUGGAGUCAUCCAUGGCUCGCGGUACAACAUGGGGGACAAGAUCCGUUACAGCUGUGAGUCAGGUUUUGUACUGGAAGGACAUAGUAUCCUCACGUGUAUUGUAUCACCAGGCAGUGGAGCACAGUGGGACUUCCCAUCACCAUUUUGUAGAGCGGAGGGAGCAUGUGGCGGUACGUUACGAGGCACCGCAGGUUCAAUAACCAGCCCUGGAUACCCUGCAGAGUAUGACAACAACCUGGACUGCACAUGGUCAAUCCUCGCUGAACCCGGGGACACUAUAGCACUUGUCUUCAAUGACUUCUUAUUAGAGGACAAAUAUGACUUCCUGGAAAUCAGCGGGACAGAGGCACCAAGCAUAUGGCUAACUGGUACAACCCUGCCCUCACCAGUGAUAUCAAGUAAGAACUGGCUUCGGAUACACUUCACCUCAGACAGCAACCAUCGUAGAAAAGGAUUCAGUGCUCAGUACCAAGUGAAGAAAGCAAUAGAGUUGAAGUCCAGAGGAGUGAAGAUGAUGCCCAGUAAAGACUCCAGUCACAAAAAUGCUGUCUUGAGUCAAAGCGGGCUUGCUGGUGAUGUUUGUCCAGAUCCUGGAGUUCCAGAAAAUGGCAAGAGGAUGGGCUCUGCCUUCCAAGUUGGCUCCAGCGUCCAGUUCAGUUGUGAUGACAGCUAUGUACUUCAAGGAUCUAAAAGUAUCACCUGUCAACGAGUCACUGACACACUGGCUGCCUGGAGUGACCACAGACCCAUCUGCAGAACUCGUACCUGUGGCAGUAACCUAAGGGGGCCCAGAGGGGUCAUAACUUCUCCUAACUACCCUGUUCAAUAUGAGAACAAUGCACACUGUGUGUGGGUCAUCACUGCAAUGGACUCUAUGAAGGUGAUAAAGCUGUCAUUUGAAGAGUUUGACCUGGAAAGAGGAUAUGACACUCUAACUGUGGGAGACGGAGGGAAGAUAGGAGACACUCGGAGGGUACUCUAUGUACUCACCGGCUCCAGUGUCCCUGACCUCAUCGUUAGCUUGUCCAAUCAGAUGUGGCUACACCUGCAGUCAGAUGAUACAAUCGGUUCAGCGGGGUUCAAGGCAGUCUACGAAGAGAUCGAGCGGGGAGGCUGUGGUGAUCCCGGGGUGCCGGCAUUUGGUCGUCGCAGCGGUGAUCGCUUUCAACAUGGUGAUGUGUUGACCUUCUUUUGCCAGUCGGCUUUUGAACUUGUUGGGGAAAGGAGCAUCACAUGCCAGCAUAAUAACCAGUGGUCUGGUAAUAAACCCAGUUGUGUCUUCUCAUGUUUCUUCAACUUCACGGCUCCGUCAGGAACUAUAUUAUCCCCAAACUACCCAGAGGAGUAUGGGAAUAACCUCAACUGUGUGUGGUUGAUUAUCUCUGAACCGGGGAGCCGCAUUCAUCUCCUCUUCUCUGACUUUGACCUGGAGCCACAGUUUGACUGGUUGGUGGUCAAAGAUGAAGGUCUGUCUGAGCCAACAACAUUUGGAACAUUCUCGGGAAAAGACGUCCCAUCACAGAUCGCUUCAAAUGGACACAUCAUGAGACUGGAGUUUCAGUCUGAUCACUCGAAUACUGGGAAAGGCUUCAAUAUCAGCUAUACCACAUUUGGUCAAAAUGAAUGUCAUGACCCAGGAGUUCCUGUCAACGGUCAAAGAUAUGGAGACCAGUUUCAGCUGGGCAGCUCUGUGGCUUUUCGCUGUGAUCAAGGAUUCAUUAGGACACAGGGAUCAGAUCAGGUCACUUGCAUCAUCCAGGAUGGGAACGUUGUUUGGUCUGCAGCUGUGCCUCGCUGUGAAGCUCCAUGUGGAGGCCAUCUCACUGCUCCCACUGGUGUUCUGCUGUCUCCUGGUUGGCCCUCUUUCUAUAAAGACUCUCUGAACUGCCAGUGGGUGAUUGAAGCACAACCAGACCAUGCUGUGAAGAUACACUUUGACAGGUUUCAGACUGAGGUCAACUAUGACACAUUGGAAAUCAGAGAUGGCCCCUCAGCUUCCUCUCCCCUGAUUGGUGAAUACCACGGCACCCAAGCACCUCAUUUCCUGAUUUCCACGUCCAACUUCCUGUUCCUGUUGUUCACUACUGACAACAGUCGCUCUGCAGCAGGCUUCAGCAUCAGAUAUGAAAGUGUGAAAAUGGAGUCAGACUCUUGUCUCGAUCCUGGUAUCCCAGUCAAUGGGCGUCGCCAUGGCAGCAGUUUUUCUAUUGGCUCCCGUGUAUCAUUUACAUGUGACCCAGGAUACACGCUGAGUGAUCAGGAGCCAAUUGUUUGCGAGCAGAAUCAUCAGUGGAGUCACGCUCUUCCCAGUUGUGAUGCUCUUUGUGGAGGCUAUGUCUAUGGCAAAACAGGGACAAUUCUGUCUCCUGGCUUUCCUGACUUCUACCCAAAUUCUCUUAACUGCACCUGGACAAUAGAGGUGUCUCAUGGGAAAGGAGUCCAUCUGGUUUUUCACACUUUCCAUCUGGAGGAGAACCAUGACUACCUGUCCAUCACAGAGGACAGCGAUUUCCAGGUUCCAGUAGCCCGACUAACUGGCUCAGUGCUGCCUCCCAGUGUCAAAGCAGGGCUCUAUGGGAACUUCAGCGCUCAGCUACGAUUCAUAUCGGAUUUUUCCAUGAGUUAUGAAGGGUUUAAUAUUACUUUCUCAGAAUACGACUUAGAGCCAUGUGAGGAUCCUGGUGUACCAGCGUUCAGCAGGAGGAUGGGAUUCAGAUUUCGAGUUGGCGACUCACUGGCCUUCUCUUGUUUCCAUGGCUACCGACUUGAGGGAGACAGCAAGAUCACGUGUCUGGGAGGAGGCAGGCGAGUGUGGAGCAACACACUACCACGAUGUAUAGCUGAGUGUGGAGCCUCCUCACAAGGACCAGAAGGCGUUCUCCUUUCUCCAAACUUCCCGUCCAACUACGAUAACAACCAUGAGUGCAUCUACCGCAUCACUACCGAAAAGGGCAAGGGAAUCAGACUGAAGGCUGAGAGCUUCUCAUUGCAAGAUGGAGACUAUCUCAAGGUGAACGAUGGAGAGAACAGUUCAUCUCGUCUCCUUGGCAACUUCACACAUGAUAGCAUGAUGGGUCAUGUCAUCAAUAGUACGUCCAAUCACUUGUGGCUAGAGUUCAACAGCAACGCCUCUGGAACCAAUCAAGGCUUUCGCCUCACAUACACAAGUUUUGACCUGGUACGCUGUGAGGAACCAGGUGUCCCUAGUUAUGGCUAUAAGAUCCAGGACGAUGGUCACUAUGCCAACACUUUUGUACUUUACUCCUGCAACCCUGGAUACAGUCUCCAUGGCAGCAGUACACUGACCUGUCUGAGUGGGGACAGACGUGUCUGGGACAAACCACUUCCUUCCUGUAUUGCGGAGUGUGGCGGUCACAUAACUGGAGCAGUGUCUGGACGGAUUCUGUCUCCAGGAUACCCUGCCCCAUAUGACAACAACCUCCACUGUACCUGGACUAUAGAGGCUGACACUGGCAAGACUAUCAGCCUUCACUUCAUCGUCUUUGACACUGAGGUCGGCCACGAUAUCCUGAGAGUUUGGGAUGGUCCAUCUGGGCCCUCGGAUGGAGGGAUCCUGUUGAAAGAGUGGUCAGGUCCAGCCUUGCCUGAAGAUAUCCACUCGACUUUCAACAUACUCACACUGCAGUUUGAUUCUGAUUACUUCAUCAGCAAGCAAGGAUUUUCUAUACAGUUCUCAACCACUACAGCAACGACCUGUAAUGACCCAGGCAUCCCUGUAAAUGGUUCUCGAUACGGGGACAGUAAGGAGCCCGGUGACAGUAUGACAUUCCAGUGUGAUCCUGGCUACCAGCUCCAAGGCCAGGACACCAUCACAUGUGUACGGAUGGAUAACAGGUUCUACUGGCAACCUGAUCCACCAACAUGUAUAGCAACCUGUGGGGGAAACGUCAGCGGCCCCUCUGGAGUAAUUCUGUCUCCCAACUACCCCCAGCCUUACCCUCCGGGGAAAGAGUGUGAUUGGAGGAUCAGAGUCAACGCUGACUUUGUCAUUGCCCUCAUCUUCAAAAGUUUUAACAUGGAGCCAAGUUACGACUUCCUGCACAUCUACGAAGGUGAAGACUCUAAUGGGCCAUUACUAGCAAGUCUCCAAGGCAACCAGGCCCCAGAGCGGAUAGAGAGCAGCGGUAACAGCCUCUUCCUGGCAUUCAGAUCUGACGCCUCACUGGGCAUGUCUGGGUUCGCCAUCGAAUAUAGAGAAAAACCAAGAGAGGCCUGUUUCGACCCUGGUAACAUUAUGAACGCCAGUCGGACAGGUUAUGACUACAAACUGGGAUCUCAGGUGUCCUACAACUGUCACCAUGGCUACACAACAGUGGGCGGGGAUACCAUCACCUGUGUCAUGGGGAACGAUGGGAAGCCGGUGUGGGACAGGGCUCUACCAUCAUGUAAAGCUCCCUGUGGCGGACAGUAUGGUGGAUCUGAAGGAGUCGUUCUGUCUCCAAACUAUCCCCUUAACUAUACUACCAGGCAAACUUGUUCCUAUUACAUCACAGUUUCCUCACAAUUUGUGGUGUUUGGUCAGUUUGCUGUUUUCCAGACAGCAAUGAAUGACUCAGUGGAACUGUUUGAUGGAGCCAAUGAAAAUGCUCGAUUGCUCAGCUCCCUGGCUGGGUCUCAUUCAGGAGAGACAUUGCCAUUGGCAACUUCCAAUCAGAUAAUGCUGCGGUUCAAUGCUAAGAGUGGCCAGUCAGCUAAGGGCUUUCACUUCGUCUAUCAAGCUGUUCCUCGAACUAGUGAUAGUCAGUGCAGUUCAGUGCCAGAGCCUCGAUACGGCAGGAGGAUCGGGUCGGAGUUCUCAGCCGGAUCUGUUGUUCGGUUCGAGUGCAGUCCUGGAUAUCUACUGAAAGGAUCCAGUGCUAUCCGGUGCCAGGCUGUGCCAGGUGCUCUGGCGCAGUGGAACGCAACAACACCAACCUGUAUAGUUCCCUGCAGUGGCAAUUUGACUGAACGUCGCGGUACAAUACUGUCUCCUGGCUAUCCAGAACCAUACCCAAACAGUCUCAACUGUCUGUGGAGGAUCCAUGUCAGUGAAGGGGCUGGGAUACAGAUUCAAGUGAUGACGUUUGCCACUGAGCACAACUGGGAUUCUCUGGAGAUCUACGAUGGAGGAGACAUGACAGCUCCUAAAUUAGGGUCAUUUUCUGGGACAACAGCUCCGGCUCUCCUUAACUCCACAUCCAAUCAGCUUCUACUGCACUUUCAGAGUGACAUCAGCGUGGUGGCAGCAGGCUUUCACCUUGAAUACAAAACGGUCGGUCUUACCACCUGUCCAGAGCCGAUGAUGCCAGCAAAUGGCAUUAAAGCAGGAGACAGAUACAUGGUCAAUGAGGUAGUGGCCUUCACCUGUGAACCUGGAUAUACGUUACAGGGCCACUCUCACAUUUCCUGCAUGCCUGGGACUGUGCGUCGGUGGAAUUACCCACCUCCUCUUUGCAUAGCUCGUUGCGGCGGGGUGUUGUCUGAGAUGAGUGGUGUCAUCCUUAGUCCAGGUUUCCCUGGCAACUACCCCGGCAACCUGGACUGCACCUGGCAAAUCACCCUGCCAACUGGAUAUGGAGCCCACAUUCAGUUCCAAAACUUUUCUUCUGAAGACAACCAUGACUUCCUGGAGGUCAGGGCGGGACCACAGCACAGCUCUGCUCUUAUUGGACAGUUUACUGGCUCGCAGAUCCCACCCCCUCUGCUAAGUACUACCCACCUGACGAUUAUUCACUUCUACAGUGACCACUCGGAGAACAGGCCGGGGUUCAAGCUAACCUAUCAGGCCUAUCAACUUCAAAACUGCCAGGAUCCCUUUCCUUUCCCCAAUGGUGACAUCAUCAACAGUGACUACAGUGCUGGCCAAUCAGUAACUUUUCAGUGCUACCCUGGUUAUGUUUUGAUUGGACACCCAGUUCUGACAUGCCUCCACGGGACCAACCGGAAGUGGAACCACCCAUUUCCACGCUGUGAGGCUCCUUGCGGCUAUAAUGUCACGGCUGACAACGGGACGAUCUAUUCACCUCAGUACCCCAAUGAAUACCCCAACUCCCAAGACUGUAGCUGGCUCAUCUCUGUUCCACAUGGACAUGGAGUUUAUAUCAACUUUACCUUAUUGCAGACAGAGCCUGUCACUGAUUACAUCGCUGUCUGGGAUGGUCCAGAUGCGUCCAGUCCUCAGCUGGGAGUCUUCAGUGGCAACACAGCGUUAGAGUCAGCCUACAGUACCAGCCCAAACGUCCUGAUCCGCUUUCACUCUGACUUUUCAACUGGAGGAUUCUUCAUACUCAACUUCCAUGCGUACCGUCUGAAGAAAUGCCCUCCUCCCCCAGUUGUGGAGAAUGCCGAAAUAAUCUAUGAGGACGAAGACUUCCAAAUAGGUGAUAUUGUGAAGUAUCGCUGUUUACCUGGAUACACACUGGUCGGAAAGGCAGAGCUUAUGUGUAAACUCAACUCCCAUUUGCUCUUUGAAACACCGCCACCAACAUGUCAAGCCCAGUGCCCAGCCAAUGAGGAGCGGUCUUCGUCAUCAGGAGUGAUAUUAAGUCCCGGUUUCCCUAGCAACUACCCCAACAGUCAGACAUGCUCGUGGCUGCUGCGUAUGGUUCCAGGUUACAUCAUCAACAUCUACGUAGAGAUGUUCCACAGCGAGAAACAGUUUGAUGAAUUGGAGAUUUUUGAUGGAUCCUCAGGACAGAGCCCUUUGCUUGUUGCUCUAAGUGGAAACCAUUCAUCUCAGCUGAACUUCACAUCUAAAACAAACCAACUAUAUCUAAGAUGGUCCACUGACCAUGCAACCAACAAGAGAGGAUUCAAAAUACGAUACUCAGCUGCCUACUGUAGCAUUAAUGACCCCCCAGUGAAUGGGGGAGUGGUCAACCGAACCAGACUCCGUCCAGGUAGCCGACUUCAGUUCUAUUGUAACCGUGGUUACCGUCUAGUAGGCUCAAGCAAUGCCACCUGCAGGCUCCACUCCAAUGGGCUUUUCCAGUGGGAUACACCGCCACCAUUUUGUCAAGCUAUCUCGUGUGGAAUCCCUCAGUCGCCGGGCAAUGGCAGCUUCCAUACUUUCCAGUAUACGGUGGGUAGCCAGGUGACCUACCACUGUAACCAUGGUUACCACCUUGACCCCGGUCUUCCACUGACAGCAGUGUGUUUGGAGGAUGGCAGCUGGAGUAAUGCUGCUUCACCCCCCAGAUGUCUAUCGGUCCACUGCCCCAGCAUUGAGAGCACCUUAUCAGAUCACAUGACCUACCGUCUGCUCUCUGGUAGGCUGGGAGAGUUUGGUUCUAUGGUGAUGCUGGAAUGCUCAACAGGGUACUAUUUAGGGGUAGGGCAUCGGACGCUUCGUUGCCUUGCCAACGGGACUUGGGAGGGGUCGGAUGCCCCAGCUUCAUGCAAGAUCAUCUCUUGUGGUGAACUUCCCUCUCCACCCUUUGGCACCAAACUGGGGACGUUGACCACAUUUGGAGCAACUGCAAUCUUUAUGUGUAACCAUGGUUACACACUGGUGGGGUCACAUGUCAGAGAGUGUGGCGCUAACGGGCUGUGGAGUGGUGCAGAGACCAGGUGUUUAGCUGGUCACUGUGACUCUCCAGAUCCUAUAGUCAAUGGCCACAUUAGUGGAGAUGGCUCUAGUUACCGUGACACAGUGGUGUACCAGUGCAUGUUAGGAUAUCGUCUAAUCGGCACAUCAGUUAGAAUCUGCCAGCAAGACCAUCGGUGGUCUGGAACAACACCUGUCUGUGUCCCUAUCACUUGUGGUCACCCCGGCAACCCAGCCAACGGACGGACCAAUGGCAGCGAGUUCAACCUCAAUGAUGUUGUCAACUUCACCUGUAACAGAGGUUACAUCCUCAGUGGAAAUGCACGCGCUCAGUGUCGACUCAACGGACAAUGGAGCAGCCCCCUACCUGUCUGCAAAGUGGUAAACUGUUCAGACCCCGGUCAUGUGGAGAAUGGUGUGCGCCAGUCUGGCCUACGUUACCCAGAAGUCUUCAGCUAUGGCAUAACUGUGGCAAUCCACUGUAAACGAGGCUUCUACCUGCUGGGCUCUGCACUCCUCACAUGCCAGCACGAUGGACGGUGGGACAGACCAAUCCCACGCUGCCUAGCUAUUUCCUGCGGUGACCCUGGUGUACCCCCUAAUGCAGUGGUGUCUGGGACCCACAGUUGGACGUAUGGUUCAGUGCUGCAGUACUCCUGUCUACCUGGAGGGGUGCUGGUGGGCAACACUAGUCGCCAUUGUCAGGAGGAUGGCACUUGGAGUGGAGCGCCACCAUACUGCACUGGUGCAAGUCCAGGAAUCUGUGGAGACCCAGGGAUCCCUCCCCACGGUGCCCGUUUGGGAGGGGAAGAAUUUAAAACCAAGAGCCUGCUGCGAUUCAGCUGCGAGGCGGGAUAUAGUCUGAUUGGCUCAGCUGAAAGGACCUGCCUUCACAAUGGCUCCUGGAGCGGCACGCAGCCUGUCUGUCAAGCUGUGUCCUGUGGUAACCCUGGUACCCCAGCACACGGCAGAAUUGUCUUCAGUGAUGGCAUCACCUUCGGCAGCUCAGUGGCUUAUGCAUGCUGGGAAGGGUUCAAAACAUCAGGCCUGACCACCAGACACUGCACAACGAAUGGAACAUGGACAGGACAACCCCCUGAUUGUACUGUGAUCACUUGCGGAGACCCAGGGCCAGUAGCUAAUGGGAUCUAUUUAGGAAGUGAGUACACCUUCAACCACACGGUAACCUACCGUUGUAACCCUGGUCACCUGAUGGAACCACCUGGACAAAGUGUUUUGCACUGCACUAAAGAUGGAACUUGGAACCAAACCAAACCCAGCUGUAAAGUGAUCCAGUGUGGACCUCCUCUUCAAAUACAUCAUGGGAAAGUGGAAGGAACCGACCAUUCAUGGGGAUCAAGUGUUAGCUACAGUUGUUUCCAUGGUUACCAGUUGUCCACUCCUGCUGUGUUAACCUGUGAGGGGAACGGAACGUGGACAGGAGACAUACCACAGUGUCUGCCUGUCCUGUGUGGUGAUCCAGGCUCUCCUGGAGGUGGAUUCAGAGAGGGGAACAUCUUUUCCUACCGGUCAGAGGUCAAGUUCUACUGCCACACCCCCUACUUGCUGGUAGGCUCUGCCUCCAGAGUCUGUCAAGCCGAUGGGAUUUGGAGUGGCCAACAACCAGCCUGUAUAGACCCAGCCUUCAACAGCUGUCGUGACCCAGGAACGCCAGCAUAUGGUAUCCCGGUCCUGGCCCAGGGCUUUCAGGUUGGCAGUAAGGUUUCCUUUAAGUGCCGCAAGAACUACCACAUCCUUGGUUCCACGACAAGAACGUGCCUAGAAAAUCUGACCUGGAGUGGAACUCAACCUGAGUGCAUCGCUCAUUCAUGCAGACAGCCAGAGACCCCCAGUAAUGUAGAUGUUCGAUCUAUGGACCUGCCUACCUUGGGAUAUACGCUGAUCUACACCUGUCAAGAAGGUUUCUAUCUGGCAGGAGGAUCAGAGCACAGAACCUGCAAAAGUGAUGGGAGGUGGUCAGGCAAACCGCCGCUCUGUAAAGUUGGAGUUAAAAUCAAUCCCAAAGGCAGAGGAGAGUCAGAUGUCCAGAAGAACAAGAUUCGAGUUCCAGUGGAUGUGUUCUCUCCAAACUCUGAGUGGAGCGGUUUCUACGAGUAUCUGGGAAAGAGACAAGCCACCACAUUUUCCGUUACUGGGUUCAAUGCCACCAGUGGCAGAGUUAACAUCACUUUACUGGAGACCAGCGGAGUGUCAAUCAGACUAUCAGGUACCUACAAGUCGGAGGAAAACCAGCUGCUGUUGAAGGUCUACCAGGUGAAAGGGCCAACAGAGCAUUACUACAGCAAGUUUAAAAACGACAACUGGGCUAUGGAUGGAUAUGUUACUGCAGAAUCAGACCAGAAGACUUUUGUCUACCAGGGGCACAUCCACAGUAAAGAUUUUGGCAAGUUCCAUCUGACAAGGCAAGGCCCUGUAACCAUGGCAAUGGACCCAUCCAACCCCUACACAAACAGCAGCUCUGUGGCAGCAGCCAUCUUAGUUCCUUUCUUUGCCCUCAUCCUGUCUGGAUUUGCCUUCUACCUCUACAAGCACAGGACACGUCCCAAGGUCCAGUUCAAUGGCUAUGUCGGCCAUGAGAGCUCCAAUGGUCAAGCAUCAUUUGAAAACCCAAUGUAUGACACCAACAUGAAGCCCACUGAGGCUAAGGCGGUUCGAUUCGAUACCACACUCAAUACAGUCUGCACGGUGGUAUAGUCCAACAUACCUGCUGCUACCUAAGCAGUGGUAUAUUCCAACCUCCCUGUCGCAGUCUGCAGUGUGGUUUAACCAAACAGGACAGAAAGAACAAACUUACGAUUAGGACUUGUCACUUUGAGCAGUCUGUGUUGUAGCAUGCUGGUCCUCUGUCAGCAUAACCUGCACAGUAAUGCAGCUCUGCUCGUCCUCCUACCUGAACAAUGGUAUCCAACUCUCCCUAUAGUCUGAAAGAGCGACAUAAGUUGGCACCAAUAAACAAGGGAGUAGGCAUCAAAUAACAUGAAGUCCAUUGUUCAGGGGAUCAAUGACCAAUGACCAGGAUUCUUCUUAAGCACUGUUGCUGUUCAGACAUCAGACAGAUGGUACAACGAGUUGAACUUCCUCAAAAAGCGGCAAGAUUAUUGAACAGUGCUCGUCCAGUCUCAGUUGACUUCUACAAAAUUUGAUCCAACCUCUUUAUGGAAAAGGCUUGGUACAGUCAGUGUCAUAUAGCCCUCUGAUACCCUCCCUGAAUAGAGGUUUACCCCAACCUAAUACCAUACCCCCAAGCCAAAUUUGCACAGUGGUAUAGGCUUACUAACUCCCCUGCUGCAGGCCAGACAUGGGUUUGACCGAUGUGAGGUUCUACCCUCAGGGGAAGCAUAUAGACUAUUCCACCCUUUCACCCCUCCAGACAUAAAAUAGUAAUUGGACAGUUCCUAUAUGUCAACACAAAACCAUCAUUGGUGCUGGACCAAAAACCUCCCAUUGGACUUCCAUCAUGCUGGACUUGACAGGACUGGACUCUUUGACACAAUGACAGCUUACAGAGUCUGUUUUGGUGGAAUCUGAUAUUGAUUAUACACAGACUGCUGUAAAGUUGACAACUAAAUGCAGUAAAUGCAGUGACAAGUUCAACCAGACCAAUUCCUUUAAAGAAAAUGAAACUCUCAUCCAGUACUGGUUACCAGGAUUAUAUUAGUACUAGGAGUAGUGAACUAGUGCUAGAUAAUCCAGGGUCAAGUAACAUUUGCAGAUCAUUUGGAAAUGUUUGUUUUAGCCUGCUUGGAGUACUGAAUGGGUUAGGUUUAAUAUAGCAGGACAAUCACAGAGUUAGGUAAGUUAAGUUGUCAUUAAAGGAUGUUCUAUUAGUUUCUUGUGAUUGUCUUUACCUUCUGCCACUUACUGUAUUGCCUUUUAUGACUAUGUCUACCCACAGUAUUUGGCAACUAAUUAGGCUAAAACAUAUCAAAUCAAGCAUUUGUAAAUGAUAUUUUUCCCAGGUUUAGUGCUAGAACCUGCAAACUAGUUCUAGAUGAUUUUUGGACAUUUUCAAAUAUUCUAUAGAGGCACUACACACUUAAAGUUAGUCCUAUACACAGUAUUCCACACUAGCACUAGGCAGACUGUGCUGAACCAGAAAACCAGACAUUUGAGUUGUCGUGCUGGUGGACACAAUAGACUGGUUUCCAGAGGACUGUCUAACACAAUCAGAUAGUCAGACAACUGAUUCUUGUUCUUGGACUAGCCAGGAUUCUGUGCUUGGUGGCUGAACAAGUGGAAGCCUGGAGGCAAUAAGCUGUCAGGAUCGUCGACUGCUGCAAUCAGCUGUGGCCAAAUCCAGGAAAUGAUUUAUCUUCAUGUAACUCUGGUCGGGAAUAUCAGUCAAGCGAUGACUGUUUUUUUUUUUUGUUUUGUUUCGUUUUUCUAUGGUAUACUCUCCAGCCACAAAAUCAGAAACAGAUGAAGAGAUUAACAGACAGACUGAUUGAUUGACAGAAAUUAGACAGACGGACACAAACGAAUGGACAGAUAGACACCUCUGUCAGUCUGCUGGAAAAGAGAGACAAGGACAGGUUGCUAUGGAAACAGAGACAAAUAGUUGUUUCUCAUUGUCUCUUGUGGCAUUUUUCUUCAGUGAAGAUAUUGAUGAACAGACUCUAUGUUCAAAAACCCAGUGGCCCCAUGGGACUUCUGAAACCACUGCUGCUGGGGAACCCAAAAUAUAAACUUUAUAUAAACUCUUAAACCGCACAAAUUUUGCACUAGUGUGUUUUUCUGACUGGGUUAUGAAAAAAUGAAUAAUUUUUGGGUCUGAAAUGGGUUUGAAAAAUGAGUCCUUCAAAAGAAAAAAGAGAAUUUUAUUCAAAACUUCUAUCUUUAAAAAGAUGAUAAAUGACUAAAUACAGGGUUACAGAGUGUUUGUAUAUACACAUUUAUAUUUCACACUCCCUGUUAGCAGAAGGCGUGACCACAUGCUAUACCGUUGUUUAUUUUGUUGCCAUGACAACAUGCUAACCAACCAGAAAGUUGGGAUCAGUUUACCUGUGGACCUCGGAGCUUCUAGUGUGUCACAGUGGCACCAUGUCCUGCCCUUUUUUAGAACAGUGUUUCUGAAAGCUCAUACUGAAUACUGUUACUGCUACAAUAUGGCGGAAAUAUACAGAAAAGCUCACAUUCCUAAUUUGCAGCAUGGUCUCAUUUACAGGUAUUAAACUCCCGUCAUUUUCUGAGAGACUGUACUCUUAUAGAUACUUCAGAAGAUGAAAUUGUAUCUCAAUAUGGACUCACUUUUUUCAGUUGGUCAUUUGUAGUAGUAGACAGUGUAAGCUUUCAGAAACAACAUGUGACUGUUUCUGUAAAUCUCUUUAAAAAGAUGUGUUGUAAAUGUCCCUAACCACUCACAUUAUCAUGCAUCAUCUUGCAACACAUUUUACAUGUCUUGAUGCACUUGAUCUUGUUUCAACACACCUUUUUAAAGAGCACACAGCAUACAUGUGAUCUGUUCUAGAAUUUAAGGCACAGGACAAACAGACAUGAAGACAACAUGCACAAUUAUUGUUGUCGACAGUUAUCGCCCCCCUGAGCCCCUCCAUUGUUUGAGAAAUACCUCGUGUGCAGAGAGUACGUUACAUCCUGCUUAUCAAUGCUGGAACUUCACUGCAACAAAUACACAAGCUUAACGAGUGCAACCUCGCAUUCAGCUCAUUUCCUGGUAUUUUAAAUCGAAAAGUCGUACUAACACCCAGGAGUAAAUCCACUGGUUUGAAAAACACUUGGCAAGCUUGUUAUUUCUCGCAGUGUUCUCUAAAAAUAUUUUUUAUUUUUCGAAAGAUGCUGCACUUGGUUUAGAUCACAGAUGUAACUGCUUUCAAUGUGCGUCUUUCAGUGUCUUCAGGCCUGUUUCCUGUUUGUUUCAUACUCCAUGCACAUCAUUCUCACAUUAGGUUUACGCUCAAGGCAUUUGCUUUAACCUGCACGAUUUCAAUCCAUCAUACUGUCAUAUACCUGCAAACAAUAAAUCACAAACCCAUUCAUUUUCACAUACAAUAUCAAAUGGUGAAUGGAAUGUAUGUGAGUCAGAUAAUGAAAACGUACAACUGUUAAAAUGGUGAUUCUGUCCAUCAAACACAUGUUAUAUUACGGUUAUAUUCUUCAGGCCAAGAUGCAAUUGACUGAAAUCAGAAAGUGGAUUUUCUCCAGAACUCAAAUACUGAAAAAAUAAACCCAUCUGGCAUGAGAA